AUGUGGCCGCGCCUGGCCUUUUGUUGCUGGGGUCUGGCGCUCGUUUCGGGUUGGGCGACCUUUCAGCAGAUGUCCCCGUCGCGUAACUUCAGCUUCCGCUUCUUCCCCGAGGCGGCCCCCGGGGCUCCGGGGCGGCUGCCCGCGCUGCCCGAGCCGCCCGAGCCGGGCGAGGACGCGGCGGAGAGCAAAGUGGAGCGGCUGGGCCAGGCGUUCCGGCGACGCGUGCGGCGGCUGCGGGAGCUCAGCGAGCGCCUGGAGCUCGUCUUCCUGGUGGACGAGUCGUCCAGCGUGGGCCAAGCCAACUUCCUCAGCGAGCUCAAGUUCGUCCGCAAGCUGCUGUCGGACUUCCCCGUGGUGCCCACGGCCACGCGCGUGGCCAUCGUGACCUUCUCGUCCAAGAACAACGUGGUGCCGCGCGUCGACUACAUCUCCUCCCGCCGCGCGCGCCAGCACAAGUGCGCGCUGCUCAGCCGCGAGAUCCCGGCCAUCACCUACCGUGGCGGCGGCACCUACACCAAGGGCGCCUUCCAGCAAGCCGCGCAAAUUCUUCGUCAUUCUAGAGAAAAUUCAACAAAAGUUAUAUUUCUCAUUACUGAUGGAUAUUCCAAUGGGGGAGACCCUAGACCAAUUGCAGCAUCACUACGAGAUUUUGGAGUGGAGAUCUUCACUUUUGGCAUAUGGCAAGGAAACAUUCGAGAACUGAAUGAUAUGGCUUCCACCCCAAAGGAAGAGCACUGUUACCUGCUCCAUAGUUUUGAAGAAUUUGAGGCUUUAGCUCGCCGGGCAUUGCAUGAAGAUCUACCUUCUGGGAGUUUUAUUCAAGAGGAUAUGUCCCACUGCUCGUAUCUGUGUGAAGCCGGCAAAGACUGCUGUGACCGAAUGGCGAGCUGCAAAUGCGGGACACACACAGGCCAAUUUGAGUGCAUCUGUGAAAAGGGGUAUUACGGAAAAGGUCUGCAAUACGAAUGUGCAGUUGUCCACUGCCCUGCCCUGAAGCCUCCUGAAAACGGUUACUUUAUCCAAAACACUUGCAACAACCACUUCAAUGCAGCCUGUGGGGUCCGAUGUCACCCUGGAUUUGACCUCGUGGGAAGCAGUAUCUUCUUGUGUCUACCCAGUGGUUUGUGGUCCGGUUCAGAGAGCUCCUGCAGAGUGAAAACAUGCUCCCAUCUCCGCCAGCCCAAACAUGGCCACAUCAGCUGUUCUACGAGGGAAAUGUCCUACAGAACAAUGUGUUUAGUUACCUGUGAUGAAGGGUAUAGAUUAGAAGGAAGUGCCAAGCUUACCUGCCAAGUAAAUGCCCAGUGGGAUGGUCCAGAACCCCGCUGUGUGGAGCGCCACUGCUCCACCUUCCAGAAGCCCAAAGGUGUCAUCAUGUCUCCACACAACUGUGGUAAGCAGCCUGCCAAACCUGGGACAAUUUGUCAGCUAAGUUGCCGCAAAGGAUUCAUUUUAUCUGGAGUCAGAGAAGAAGUGAGAUGCACCACUUCUGGAAAAUGGAGCGCCAAAGUUCAGACAGCAGUGUGUAAAGAUGUGGAGGCUCCUCAAAUCACCUGCCCUAAGGACAUAGAAGCUAAGACUCAGGAACAGCAAGAUUCUGCUAAUAUUACCUGGCAAGUCCCUACAGCUAAAGACAACUCUGGUGAAAAGGUGUCAAUCCAGGUUCACCCAGCUUUUACCCCACCUUACCUUUUCCCAAUUGGAGAUGUUGCUAUCACAUACACAGCAGUUGACCUAUCCGGCAACCAAGCCAGCUGUACUUUCCACGUCAAGGUGAUUGAUGUAGAACCACCUGUCAUAGACUGGUGCAGAUCUCCACCUCCUAUCCAGGUGUCAGAGAAGGAGCAUUCUGCAAGCUGGGAUGAGCCUCAGUUCUCAGACAAUUCAGGGGCUGUGUUGGACAUCACCAGAAGUCACACACAAGGAGAUCUUUUCCCUCACGGGGAGACUAUAGUACGGUAUACAGCCACUGACCCCUCGGGCAAUAAUAGGACAUGCGACAUCCACAUUGUCAUAAAAGAUCUAUACUUGAAACAUAACAAUAUACUCACACUAAUUACACCCCAUCCCAAACUGGUGCCAUCAUUUUGUAGUGAUGCUGAUGAUAUUGACUGCAGAUUGGAGGACCUGACCAAAAAAUAUUGCCUAGAAUAUAAUUAUGACUAUGAAAAUGGCUUUGCAAUUGGACCAGGUGGCUGGGGCGCAGCUAAUAGGCUGGAUUACUCUUACGAUGACUUCUUGGACGCUGUGCAAGAAACCCCCACAAGCAUCGGCAAAGCCAGAUCUUCACGAAUUAAAAGAAGUGCCCCAUUGUCUGACCACAAAAUUAAGCUGAUUUUUAACAUCACAGCUAGUGUGCCAUUACCCGAUGAAAGAAACGAUACCCUUGAAUUGGAAAAUCAGCAACGACUCAUUAAGACAUUGGAAACUAUCACAAAUCGACUGAAAAGGACCCUCAAUAAAGAGCCCAUGUAUUCCUUUCAGCUUGCGUCCGAAAUGCUCGUAGCUGACACCAAUUCAUUAGAAACAGAAAAGGCUUUCCUCUUCUGUAGACCGGGCUCAGUGCUGAGAGGGCGUAUGUGUGCUCAGUGUAAACAAGGCACCUACUCAUCCAAUGGACUUGAGACUUGCGAAUCGUGUCCACUGGGCACUUACCAGCCAGAAUUUGGUUCCAGGAGCUGCCUCUUAUGUCCAGAAAACACCUCAACUGUGAAAAGAGGAGCUGUGGACAUUUCUGCUUGUGGAGUACCUUGUCCAGUAGGGGAAUUCUCGCGUUCUGGGUUAAUGCCCUGUUAUCCAUGUCCUCAAGACUAUUACCAGCCUAAUCCAGGGAAGUCCUUCUGCCUGUCUUGUCCCUUUUAUGGAACUACGACUAUCACUGGUGCCAGAUCCAUCACAGAUUGUUCAAGUUUUAGCUCCACUUUCUCAGCAGCAGAGGAAAGUAUAGUGCCCCUGGCCUCUCCUGGACAUAUCAAAAAGAAGUAUGAAGUCAGCAGUCAGGUUUUCCAUGAAUGCUUCUUAAACCCUUGCCACAAUGGUGGAACCUGCCAACAACUUGGGCGUGGUUAUGUUUGUGUCUGUCUACCUGGAUAUACAGGCUUAAAGUGUGAAAUAGACAUCGAUGAGUGCAGCUCACUGCCGUGCCUCAACAAUGGAAUUUGUAAAGACCGAGUUGGGGAAUUCUUUUGUGAGUGCCCAUUGGGUUACACAGGUCAACUAUGUGAAGAAAAUAUAAAUGAGUGUAGCUCCAGUCCUUGUUUAAAUAAAGGCACCUGUGUUGAUGGCUUGGCUGGCUACCUUUGCACAUGUGUGAAAGGAUAUAUAGGCCUGCACUGUGAAGCAGAAGUCAAUGAAUGCCAGUCAAGUCCGUGCUUAAAUAAUGCAGUCUGUGAAGACCAGGUUGGGGGGUUCUUGUGCAAAUGCCCACCUGGAUUUUUGGGUACCCGGUGCGAAAAAAACGUGGAUGAGUGUCUCAGCCAGCCAUGCAAAAAUGGAGCUACUUGUAAAGAUGGUGCCAAUAGCUUCAGAUGCCAGUGUGCAGCAGGCUUCACAGGGUCCCACUGUGAAUUGAACAUCAAUGAAUGUCAGUCUAACCCAUGUAGAAAUCAGGCCACCUGUGUAGAUGCAUUAAACUCAUACAGUUGUAAAUGUCGGCCAGGAUUUUCAGGCAGCAGGUGUGAAACAGAACAGUCUACGGGUUUUAACCUGGAUUUUGAAGUUUAUGGCAUCUAUGGUUACGUCAUGCUAGAUGGUGUGCUUCCAUCUCUCCAUGCUGUGACCUGCACGUUCUGGAUGAAGUCCUCUGACAUCACCAACUAUGGAACACCAAUCUCCUAUGCACUUGAAAAUGGCAGCGAUAAUACCUUCCUCCUGACUGAUUAUAAUGGUGGAGCUUUUUCUUUUAGUUUUUCUAUCACCCUGAACACCUCUAUUGCUGCAUCAACCACCCUAUAUUGGAAAGUGAAAUCAUUGGCUACCUCCUGCCCAGAGGAACUCAGUAGAGGAAAUGUGUUAGCCUGGCCUGAUUUCUUGACAGGAAUUGUGGGGAAAGUGAAGAUCGAUUCCAAGAGCAUAUUCUGUUCUGAUUGCCCACCUUUGGACGGAUCCGUACCUCAUUUGCGAACUGCAUCAGUAGAUUUAAAGCCAGGCUCCAAAGUCAGUCUGUUCUGUGAUCCAGGUUUCCAGAUGGUCGGGAACCCUGUGCAGUACUGUCUGAAUCAAGGACAGUGGACACAGCCACUCCCUCACUGUGAACAUGUGGACGAGUGUGCAGUUGGAUCAGACUGCAGCGAGCAUGCAUCUUGCCUGAAUACAAAUGGAUCCUACAUAUGCUCGUGUAUCCCACCAUACACAGGAGAUGGUAAAAACUGUGCAGAACCUGUAAAAUGUAAGGCCCCAGGAAAUCCAGAAAAUGGCCACUCUUCCGGAGAGAUUUAUACGGUGGGGGCCGAGGUCACAUUUUCAUGUGAGGAUGGAUACCAACUGAUGGGAGUGACCAAAAUCACAUGUUUGGAGUCUGGAGAAUGGAAUCACCUAAUACCAUAUUGUGAAGCUGUUUCCUGUGGCACACCAGCUAUCCCAGAAAAUGGUGGCAUUGAGGGGUCAGCAUUCACCUAUGGCAGUAAAGUGCUAUAUAGAUGUAAUAAAGGAUAUACUCUGGCUGGUGAUAAAGAAUCAUCCUGUCUGGCUAGUGGUUCUUGGAGUCAUUUUCCUCCUGUGUGUGAACUGGUGCAGUGUUCUAGUCCCGAAAGCAUAAAUAAUGGAAAUUAUAUUUUGAGUGGGCUUACCUACCUUUCUACUGCUUCAUAUUCAUGUGAGAGUGGAUACAGCUUGCAGGGCCCCUCCACCAUAGAAUGCACGGCUUCCGGCAGCUGGGACAGAGCGCCACCUACCUGUCACCUGGUCUUCUGUGGAGAGCCGCCUGCCAUCAAAGAUGCUGUCAUCACCGGGAGUAACUUCACUUUUGGGAACACUGUCACUUACACUUGCAAAGAAGGAUAUACCCUUGCCGGCCCUGACACCAUUGAAUGCUUGGCCAACGGCAAGUGGAGUGGAAGUAACCAGCAGUGUCUGGCUGUCUCCUGUGAUGAGCCCCCCCACGUGGACCACGCCUCUCCAGAAACCGCCCAUCGACUGUUUGGAGACAUUGCAUUCUACUACUGCUCAGAUGGUUACAGUCUGGCAGACAAUUCCCAGCUUCUCUGCAAUGCCCAGGGCAAGUGGGUUCCCCCAGAAGGUCAGGACAUACCCCGCUGUAUAGCUCAUUUCUGUGAAAAACCCUCAUCUGUUUCCUACAGCAUCUUGGAAUCUGUGAGCAAAGCAAAAUUUGCAGCUGGCUCAGUUGUGAGCUUCAAAUGCAUGGAAGGUUUUGUGCUAAACACCUCAGCAAAGAUUGAAUGUAUGAGAGGUGGGCAGUGGAGCCCUUCCCCCAUGUCCAUCCAGUGCAUCCCGGUACGGUGUGGAGAGCCACCGAGCAUCACGAAUGGCUAUGCGAGUGGAUCAAACUACAGUUUUGGAGCCAUGGUGGCUUAUAGCUGCAAGAAGGGGUUCUACAUCAAAGGGGAGAAAAAGAGCACCUGUGAAGCCACAGGACAGUGGAGUAGCCCCAUGCCUACAUGUCACCCUGUAUCUUGCAACGAACCUCCUAAGGUGGAAAAUGGUUUUCUGGAGCAUACAACUGGCAGGAUCUUUGAGAGUGAAGUGAGGUAUCAGUGUAACCCGGGCUAUAAGUCAGUUGGAAGUCCUGUAUUUGUCUGCCAAGCAAAUCGCCACUGGCACAGUGAAUCCCCCCUGUCGUGCAUGCCUCUCAACUGUGGGAAACCUCCUCCCAUCCAGAAUGGCUUCAUGAAAGGAGAAAAUUUUGAAGUAGGGUCCAAGGUUCAGUUUUUCUGUAAUGAGGGCUAUGAGCUUAUUGGUGAUAGUUCUUGGACAUGCCAGAAAUCUGGCAAAUGGAAUAAGAAACCAAACCAAAAGUGUGUGCCUGCCAAGUGCCCAGAGCCACCCCUCUUGGAAAACCAGCUGGUACUGAAGGAGUUGACUACCGAGGUGGGAGUGGUGAUGUUUUCCUGCAAAGAAGGGCAUGCCCUACAAGGCCCCGCCGUCCUAAAGUGCUUGCCAUCCCAGCAGUGGAAUGACUCUUUCCCUGUUUGUAAGAUGGUUCUUUGCCUGCCACCUCCCCUAAUUUCCUUCGGAGUCGCUGCUCCUUCUUCUGCUCUUCAUUUUGGAAGUACUGUUAAGUAUUCUUGUGUAGAUGGGUUUUUUCUAAGAGGAGAUCCCACCACCCUCUGCCAAGCUGAUGGCACCUGGAGCUCUCCACUGCCAGAAUGUGUUCCAGUAGAAUGCCCCCAACCUGAGGAAAUCCUCAACGGCAUCAUUGAUGUGCAGGGUCUUGCCUAUCUCAGCACAGCUCUCUAUACCUGCAAGCCAGGCUUUGAGUUGGUGGGAAAUGCAACCACCCUUUGUGGAGAAAAUGGUCACUGGCUUGGAGGAAAACCAACGUGUAAACCCAUUGAGUGCCCAAAGCCCAAGGAGAUUUUGAAUGGCAAAUUCUCUUACACAAACCUACACUUUGGACAGACCAUUACAUACUCUUGUGACCGAGGCUUCCGGCUUGAAGGUCCCAAAGCCUUGACCUGUUUAGAGACAGGUGAUUGGGAUGUGGAUGCCCCGUCUUGCAAUGCCAUCCACUGUCAUCCCCCACAACCCAUUGAAAAUGGUUUCGUAGAAGGUGCAGAUUACAGCUAUGGUGCCAUGAUCAUCUACAGCUGCUUCCCUGGGUUUCAGGUAGCUGGUCACGCCAUGCAGACCUGUGAAGAGUCAGGGUGGUCGAGCUCCAUUCCAACAUGUGUACCUAUAGACUGUGGCCUCCCUCCUCACAUAGAUUUUGGAGACUGCACUAAAGUCAAAGAUGGCCAGGGAUAUUUUGAGCAAGAAGAUGACAUGAUGGAAGUUCCAUAUCUGACUCCUCACCCUCCUCAUCAUUUGGGAGCAGUGACUAAAACCUGGGAAAAUACAAAGGAGUCUCCUGCGACACAUUCGUCAAACUUUCUAUAUGGCACCAUGGUUUCCUAUACCUGUAAUCCAGGAUAUGAACUUUUGGGGAACCCUGUGCUGAUCUGCCAGGAAGAUGGAACUUGGAAUGGCAGUGCACCUUCCUGCAUUUCGAUUGAAUGUGACUUGCCUAUUGCUCCUGAAAAUGGCUUUUUGCGUUUUACAGAGACUACCAUGGGAAGUGCAGUGCAGUAUAGCUGCAAAGUGGGACACGUUGUAGUGGGCUCCGAUGUAAGACUUUGUCUACAGAACAGAAAGUGGAGUGGUGCUUCCCCACACUGUGAAGCCAUUUCAUGCAAAAAACCAAAUCCAGUCAUGAAUGGAUCCAUCAAAGGAAGCAACUACACAUACCUGAGCGUGUUGUACUAUGAGUGUGACCCUGGGUAUGUGCUGAAUGGCACUGAGACAAGAACAUGCCAAGAAAAUAAAAAUUGGGAUGGGAAUGAGCCAAUUUGCAUUCCUGUGGACUGUGGUUCACCCCCAGUCCCAGCCAAUGGCCAGGUGAAAGGAGACGAGCAUACAUUCCAAAAGGAGAUUGAAUACAUUUGCAAUGAAGGCUUCUUGCUUGAGGGAGCCGGGAGUCAUGUUUGUCUUGCCAAUGGAAGUUGGAGUGGAGCUACUCCUGACUGUGUACCUGUCAGAUGUGCCACCCCACCACAAGUGGCAAAUGGGGUGAUGGAGGGCCUGGACUACGACUUCAUGAAGGAAGUGGUAUUCCACUGUUGGGAGGGCUAUGUGUUGCAUGGUGCUCCAAAGCUCACUUGUCAGUCAGAUGGUAACUGGGAUGCAGAGGUUCCUGUCUGUAAACCAGUCAACUGUGGACCUCCUGAAGAUCUUGCUCACGGCUUCCCUAAUGGUUUUUCCUUUCUUCAUGGGGGGCAUAUACAGUAUCAGUGUUUUCCAGGUUAUAAGCUCCAUGGAAGUUCUUCAAGAAGGUGUCUCUCCAAUGGCUCCUGGAGUGGCAGCCCACCUUCCUGUCUGCCUUGCAGGUGUUCCACACCAGUAAUUCAAUAUGGAACCAUCAAUGGGACAGAUUUUGGCUGUGGGAAGGCAGCCUGGAUUCAGUGUUUCAAAGGCUUCACGCUCCUGGGAUCCUCUGAAAUCACCUGUGAAGCCAAUGGCCAGUGGAGCUCUGACUUUCCACACUGUGAACACACUUCUUGUGGUUCUCUCCCAAUGAUACCAAAUGCAUUCAUCAGUGAGAGCAGCUCUUUGAAGGAAAAUGUGAUAACUUACAGCUGCAGGUCUGGGUAUGUCAUACAAGGCAGUUCAGAUCUCAUUUGUGGAGAGAAAGGGACAUGGAGCCAGCCUUAUCCAGUCUGUGAACCCCUGUCCUGUGGACCCCCACCAACUGUUGAAAAUGCAGUGGCAACUGGAGAGACACACACCUAUGAAAGUAAAGUGAAGCUCAGAUGUCUGGAAGGUUAUACGAUGGACAAAGAUAUAGAUACAUUCACCUGUCAGAAAGAUGGCCAUUGGUUCCCUGAGAGAAUCUCCUGUAGUCCUAAAAAAUGUCCUCUUCCAGGAAACAUAACACAUAUACUUGUUCAUGGGGAUGAUUUCAGUGUGAAUAAGCAAGUUUCUUUGUCAUGUGCAGAAGGUUAUACCUAUGAGGGAGUUAACAUAUCAACAUCAAAUCCCUGCCCUGUUCCUUUUGUGAUCCCUGAGAAUGCUCUGCUGUCUGAGAAGGAGUUUUAUGUUGAUCAGAAUGUGUCUGUCAAGUGCAGGGAAGGCUUCCUGCUCCAGGGCCAAGGCGUCAUUACCUGCAACCCCGAUGAGACGUGGACGCAGACAAGCGCCAAAUGCGAAAAAAUUUCAUGUGGUCCACCAGUUCAUGUAGAAAAUGCAAUUGCUCGAGGCAUACAUUAUCAAUAUGGGGACAUGAUCACCUACUCAUGUUAUAGUGGAUACAUGUUGGAGGGUUCCCUAAGGAGUGUUUGCUUAGGCAAUGGAACGUGGACUUCACCUCCUAUUUGCAGAGCGGUCUGUCGAUUCCCAUGUCAGAACGGGGGCAUCUGCCAACGCCCAAACGCUUGCUCCUGUCCAGAUGGCUGGAUGGGGCGCCUCUGUGAAGAACCCAUAUGCAUUCUUCCCUGUCUGAACGGUGGCCGCUGCGUGGCCCCUUAUCAGUGUGACUGCCCACCUGGCUGGACAGGGUCCCGCUGUCACACAGCUGUUUGCCAAUCUCCCUGCUUAAAUGGUGGAAAAUGUGUAAGACCAAACCGAUGCCAUUGUCUUUCGACUUGGACGGGACAUGACUGUUCCAGGAAAAGAAGAACUGGGUUUUAACCACUACACACCCAACUGGCUCUCCCAAAAGCAGGAUCAUCUCUUUCUGGUAGCACCUGGACAUCCUGGAACUUACACAAAGAAAGUCCAACAUGGUGCUGGGUCUAGUUUUGUUUAGUAAACGUGUUAUUUUGGGUUUACUUUUUAAUUCUGUGAUAUAUUUUGUUAUUUCUUGUGACAUACUUUCUUACAUGUUGCCAUUUUUAAAUAUGCCUGUAUUUUCUAUACAAAAAUUAUAUUAAAUAGAUGCUGCUCCACCCUCACAAAAUGUA